AAUUCCAAUCGGCCGCCAUUGUUCAUUUGUGUAACACAGCAACUGUCACGUCGUAUCCAAUGAGGUGGCGCGGUUAACUCGCCAUACAGACUAAGAGAGAGGUACUUUACGGACUCAUAAUGGCCACCAGUGUCAGUGAUGAGGCCAACGGUGCCGGCAAUGAGUCUAAAGCUGUCAGCAAUGAGGCCAACGCUGUCAGCAAUGAGGCCAACGCUGUCAGCAAUGAGGCCAACGCUGUCAGCAAUGAGACGAACAGCUCUGAAAUUGUGCUUUACUAUUUUCCAACGUCUUUUUGCUCACAGAAAGUGUUAAUAGCACUAAAAGAGAAAAAUGCAGUGUUUAGGAAAAGAUUGAUCGAUCUGUUUGAGCUGGAGCAGAUGGAGGCCUGGUUUAUGCGGAUCAAUCCACGCGGAGAAGUGCCAGUGUUGACGCAUGGCGAGCAUGUUUUCUGUGAUUCUGAUAGUAUUAUAAAUUAUAUCGACAAAGAAAUUAAUCCAGAUAUAAAACUGGUGCCUGCAGCAGAUACAGAUUUUGGAAAACAAAUUGCCCAUUUUCGUAAAUUGCUCUUUGAUUAUAAUAUCGAAUUGCUGACAUUCGGAACAAUCUUCCACCCUGAACUGAUGCCAGAAAGUGUCCGAAAUGCCUGCCUUUUAAGAAGUCAAACAAAAGUCAAACGCACAACAUCAGGUCCUCCUCCUGUCAAACGAUGUGGAUUAUUGGAAUCCUUGGGCAAACAAUGCUGUCGAAAAUCAAGUGAAGAAAAUGCAUUGCUCUUUGGUGUUGAAGCCUCAUUAAUCGAGUUUAAGGAGCGGGCGCUUGAUUCAUUGUCAAAACUGUCAAUAUUAGCUGACAAAAAUGCAGAUCUUCAUGAAAGAUAUUUAAGCAAGGUUUGCAUUAGUACCGAGAAGCUCAAUAUGAUGCAAGACAAAGAAAAAAUAGAGGAAGUUUUAAAGGAAAUGGAUUCUAUAUUCGACGUUAUAGAGGAACACUUGGGCAAAAUGAAAGCAGAAUCGGGUCAGGACACGUGGCUGUGUGAUGCACAGUUCACUGCCGUUGAUAUCUCGUUAGCCGUGCUUCUCGGACGAAUUUGGUUUCUGGGAUUCGAACCAUUUUUCUUCCCAGAAGAGAGGCGGCCAUACCUCCAAGCCUAUUGGAAGAAAGUGCAACACCACAAGAGCUGCUGGGCAGUAAUCUGCUGUGCCCGAGAGUUCAUGGUCAAACACUUCGACGAAAAGCACUGGUCACUCGAGUCGGAUUGGUAUAAAGUACAAAUGGGACAAUUUGGUAUAUGUUGGUAAGUUUGAUAGUUUGUGAAGUGUGUAUGGCCAUGAUAUUAUGUGCUUUCCAGUCUGUAGGAAAGUGCAGAUUAAAGAUCCCUAGUCACUAUGCAGAGGAAAGUAACUUAUGAAUAGGCAGUGGAUUUCCUCAUACUUUGGACCAAGUGUUGACACAAACUGUUGGAUACCAAAAUUAUAGCCAUAGUUUAAAGUGUGCCGAGGUGCUGGUAAACAAAACAUUUCUUUCCUUUCUCAGUUUUUAUUCUACUUGAACAAUAGUGCACAACUUGUCUGUGACAGAAAUACAUGGCUUCCAAAAUUGCCUUUUUUUUUCUUUCUUUUUUUUGUAAUCCCACUGCCCCCUGAGAUGGAAUUCAAUCUGACAACUCCUCCUUUCUUUCACUUUCUUCCCAAUCUAACAACUCCUCCGUUCUUUUACUUUCUUCCCAAUCUAACAACUCCUCCUUUCUUUUACUUUCUUCCCAAUCUAACAACUCCUCAUUUCUUUCACUUUCUUCCCAAUCUGACAACUCCUCCCUUCUUUCACUUUCUUCCCAAUCUAACAACUCCUCCUUUCUUUCACUUUCUUCCCAAUGUGACAACUCCUCAUUUCUUUCACUUUCUUCCGCUGUCCACCUGCACAUUACAGUCCUUUUCUCUCCAACUGCGACAAUUGCCAAUUUUAGUAAUUCCAGAAAUGGAAUAAUGUUCAUCAAGUUGGAAACAUUGUUGGUUACAAUUACUGUAAGCCCUACUUUCCUAUUAAUGCCAUUUCUUGAGCAAUUAAUAUAAGGCCUACUUCCCUAUUAAUGCCAUUUCUUGAGUAAUUAAUGUAAGACCUAUUUUCCAUUAAUGUAAUUUUUUGAGCAAUUAAUGUAAAGCCUAUUUUCCAUUAAUGUCAUUUCUUGAGCAAUUAAUGUAAAGCCUACUUUCCAUUAAUGUCAUUUCUUGAGCAAUUAAUGUAAGGCCUACUUUCCAUUAAUGCCAUUUCUUGAGCAAUUAAUGUAAGGAUUUACUUUCCAUUGACGUAAUUUUCAUUGCCACAUCUGCAUUUUCAUGGGUAGAUUCCUAUACACAUUACUUUCAUUUCAUUUGAUUUAUCAUCACUUUAGAAUGCUUAUUAUAUCGGGUACUUAAAAUCAUAGCCCUCCACGUCCAUUUAGCUGAAAAUUCUCAUCAUGUGUUAGUGAUCAUGAUUGUAUUUCUGUGAUCCCUACAAUUCACAUCAUAAAGUAGACGAUUCUCUAUAAGGUUUAUCAACAUGUUGUUAGUGAUCAUGAUUGUAUUUCUGUGAUCCCUACAAUGCACAUCAUAAAGUAGACGAUUCUCUAUAAGGUUUAUCAACAUGUUGUUAGUGAUCAUGAUUGUAUUUCUGUGAUCCCUACAAUGCACAUCAUAAAGUAGACGAUUCUCUAUUAGGUUUAUCAACAUGUUGUUAGUGAUCAUGAUUGUAUUUCUGUGAUCCCUACAAUGCACAUCAUAAAGUAGACAAUUCUCUAUUAGGUUUAUCAACAUGUUAGUGAUCAUGAUUGUAUUUCUGUGAUCCCUACAAUGCACAUCAUAAAGUAGACGAUUCUCUACAAGGUUUAUCAACGUUUCCUUGUUCUGCUCAGUUGGUCGCUUCAUCACUCAAAUAUUGUUAUCCAUGUUCCCAUGCAAUCAGUACAACAGAUCUGGAUAAUUAUCUUUUCAUUUAAGCCACCAGCAAACAUUCCACAUUAAGUCGCCAAGGGGAAAACUCGCACUUGGAAAACUCAUCAACUUGGGAGGUUUUCUGUGCAUGAAAAUGUGUAUUGGAAAAGGUGAUAUAUAUAUAUAUAUAUAUAUAUAUAUAUACACACACACACACACACACACACACACACACACACACCUUAUAUCGAUAAAUUAAUGCACAUAAUUACAUUAAUAUUCAGCUUAUUAGUGAAUUUGUAAAGUGAUAGUCACUGGAGAAACAAAACAGGCUAUUGGAGACCGUAAACAUAUUUAACAUUUUAUAUUAUAGUGAUGUGAUGCAGUGGAAUACUAGUAUUUAGCCAUUCACAUUCAUUCUGCCCUGCUAUGACAAACAGACUACUGUAUAAUUUUGGGGUGGGUUGGGGGGUUUUUUAAGUCCAAAAAAUUGAAUAAUAAUGGCACUCACCUUAAAGUGAGUUGCGAUAUUUUUAUUAGGAUAAGAAAAGAUACACCAGUAAACUGUAUUGACUUUAAAAUAUAUUCAAUGACAGAAAUGAUUUAAUACUUUUAACAGGGUGAUAAACAUGUCUCAACCUUUAGCAUGAUUUCUCUUCUAAUUUAGUAAUCAUUUUUGUUUGCAAUAUUUACCGGCAAUCCUCAAAUGCAGUAUAAAGGAAUAUUAACAAAUCACUUUUAAUUUGUAGCUGCGCAUACUAAUGCUUGAGUUUUGAAGAAACUAUUUGACUGGGCAAAAAAUAGAUUGUUAAUCUUCUUAUUAUAAACUACAUCUGAUAAUUUUGGUAAUUUGAUAAUGGUAACUGAAUGCAGUUUUAAGGAAAAUAACAAGUGAGAAAACUACUGUGGUCAUUUCUGACCUCUCUGUUCAGUUAGUUUAUUUAGUCCAAUAAACAAUUUGGACAUAGCCUUUUGACACCGUAGUGCCUUUUGACACCCUAGUGCCUUUUGACACUGUAGUGCCUUUUGACACCAUAGUGCCUUUUGACACUGUAGUGCAGGUUUGUAUUAUAUUCAGCGGCAAAAUGAGAGAAAUUAUUUGAUUAUAGUCACUAGGUUUUUUUAAAAUAUAUAUAUAUUAAUUUUUUUCUUAUCUCCAUGAUUUAUACAUUAUGUUAAUAUGUUGUUUUUAAUUAAUGAUUUAUACAUUAUAUUACUAUGUAUGUUGUUUUGACAUCAUGAUUUAUACAUUAUAUUACUAUGUAUGUUGUUUUGACAUCAUGAUUUAUACAUUUGUUACAAUCUAUGUUGUUUUUAGUUCAGGGUUUAUACAUUUGUUACAAUGUAUGUUGUUUUUAGUUCAGGGUUUAUACAUUUGUUACUAUGCAUGUUUUGACAUGAUUUAUACUUCAUGAUUCUAUGUAUUUUGUUUUUAGUUCAUGAUUUAUACAUUAUUUUACUAUGUAUGUUGUUUUGACAUCAUGAUUUAUAUAUGUAGAUUAUGUUACUAUGUAUUUAGUUUUUAGUUCAUGAUUUAUACAUUAUUUUACUACUGGUAUGUUUGUUUUGACUUUUUUAUUUAUUCAUUAUUACUAUGUAUAUUGUUUUGCAUGAGUUCAUGAUAUAUACAUUAUUACUAUACAAGAUGUUUUGACUUCAUGAUUUAUACAUUAUGUUAUUAUGGUUUGUAAAACUAUUAAAUAUCUACAUUCUU